AUUUAAUUGGCUGAAAAUUGAAUUUAGUCCAAAACUCUUUCACAGAGUUAUUACGAUCGUCGUAUUUUAUUUAUUUUAUCUAUAUAAAUUCAAACUUCUUUGAAGUUAUUAACAUUAUAUAUAUAUAAGAAAAUUUCCAUUUUGUGUUUGUUAAAGCUUAUGGAAGAAUUUGUUUGCAUUGAUCUAUUGAUAAGCUUUUGAAGGUGUUAGUUAUUGUUUAUUUGACUAGGUACGGAAAUAAAUAAACUCUAUAUGUGUGUAUUUAGAAUAUAAUUUGUGUAUAUUUAUUUUGUCUCAUUUUUACUGUACAAGCAGUAAAUAUCUGUUGCUACAGAACAAUUUGUUAUUACAAUUAAGAAAAAAUAGAAAUUCACAUAAUGGAUGAUGAAAAACAAGCUCGACGAACUGUAUAUAUAACUCCUCGACAAAAGAAGAAGUUGAUAGAAUUGGUGUCUCAGCACCCUGAAGUAAUUUCUUGCAAAGUAACUCCUGGUUUCACAUACAAAGACUCGCAACUGAUUUGGAAAAAAAUCGCAGCAGAAUGCAAUGCUUUGCUGGGGCCCGGGGCCGGGGCACAAAAGUCGUGGAGACAGUGGAGAAAGACUUGGCAAGAUCUCCGCUCCAAUGUGAGGAAACGUCAUGCAGAAAGUAAUGGUGACCUACCCUUGUCUAUGACUAAGUUGACACCGGCUGAGCAAGAGGCAUUGGGGCUCAAAAAUGUGUCGUCUACCACUAGUUGUCAAGAAAGCACAGAAUUUGUCAUGUUAGAACAAGAGAACUCUUUCGAUUUCAAUAAUGAGUGUGAAUCUCCGAUCUCAUUUAGUGAACCAGAAUCACCACAGGAAAAGAAAGUAUUUGAUCUACCAAAAGAGCGGAAAAAAAUUAAAAGUAAAACCAAACUAUCGGUUCAUGAUUCAAACAAAUGUAAUUUUAAUUGUGAUAAUUUGGCUGCCUGUGAAGAGAAAAAAUUACAAAUAAAAGAGGACUAUUUCAAUUUUAAAAAAGAAUAUUUAAAACAGAAAUUAGAAAUAAUGAGACAACAGACAGAAGCAUUACAGAAUAUAGCAAGGGAGCUGUCAAAGGUUGAUAUAUUAAAGUCAUUACCUACCAUUGUACAAAAUAACACUUGAAUUUAAUAUCUAAGUGUGUAUAAGACCUGAAAUCUCUAUGCCACUCAGUGUUAUCUGUUCUAAGGCAUUUAGAAAAACAAUAGUUAUAUGAUUCUGAUAUAUGCAUGCAUGUAAGUAAAGAGUCUCUAUGACAUUGAUCAAAACAUGCUUCAGACAUUUAAACUCCCUAGAUCAAUAAUUGAAUUUGUUUAAAAGGUGCCAUGCAAGCAUAUAGUAUGUUGAUUGUUAUAGAAAUGAUAAAUAUUAUAAAUUCAAAUUUUAUUUUAUUUUUUUAAUUUUGGCUUGAUGCGUUAUCAUUAUACAUUUAAAGUUAUUGUAACAACAAGGAAAUAUUUUCAUCUUGUAUUUGAGAACUACCUAAGUUGUUUGUUUACUGUUGUGAUUUUUUUACUAUUGAGACACCAUUGUAACAUUAUAAAGAACGUUAGACGAAUCGACGCCCUAUAAGAUAAUGGCGAUUUUUCACUAAUCA